CUUUCUUUCCCCCGUAACUCCUUUAAAGAUACGGACGUCAUUAUUUUUGGCAUCAUUCCCCAACAACCUCCAUGCCGCUCAGUCUUCCAUUCCCUGUCAUUCGCUAGCUUUCCUCCCAUACUUACCUCCCAGUGUCUCUCCAGUCCUGCCCUGUUGCCCCUUUUCCCUUCCUUGUGGCACCUUGUUGAAACCUACCCCUAUACACGCCGGGGCUGUCUGAAGGUGUGUAGUUGAUCAAGAAGGCAAGGUGUGACGUGAGGCAAGAUGAGGUGGCUGACGUGGUGUGGCGUGCUGCUGGUGACGGUGGUGGUGACGGUGGUGACGGCAGGUAAAGGAGCCACGCCAGGUUACUACUUACCACAAUUCAUCAAGAUGCCUUCCGACACUCUGAAGAGGAGAGAAGUACAUACAACACAUUCGAUAAAGGAAGAAAACGGAGACAUCGCCGUGAAGGAAGAAAACGUAAAAGAGAAAAAGAACAGGAGAAAGAAGGAACAAAGGGAAAAGGAGAUGCAACACUAGUGAAAGAGGAAAAAGAGAACACAAAACAAACAGGAGGAGGACGGAAAGAAGUCAUGGAGAUGGAGAAGAAAAAACAAACACUCGAACAGAUGAAAGGAGAACCAAUGGGGAUGAAGUAUGACACGGGGGAAGGAAAAGAAAAGGCCGAGGGAAGCAACAAACUGAAGUCCUACCAGUUGCUGGGCGAGUAUCUACUGCCUGACAAAAGCAAAUGUGGCAAGAGAGCACGAAAGUCCUACAGGGUGUUCUUUGGGGAGGACGCCCCCCUCAACGCCUACCCCUGGAUGGCCCUGCUGGGAUAUAGAAACCCUGAUAAGCCACAUUGGCUCUGUGGCGGAAGUCUCAUCAAUGAUCGCUACGUGCUCAGUGCCGGCCAUUGCGUCCACCCAGAGUCCAUACGGAAGAGCAGAAUUGGCCAACUGCUGAAGGUCAGACUCGGAGAACACGACCUCUCGAAGAAGAUAGACUGCCCCCAGGAUUACAUCGACGCCAAAGAAUGCGCCCCGCCCCCCUUAGAUUUCAAGCCAGAGUCAAUAACGAUUCACCCAGACUACAGCCCGACCCUCUUGAUCAACGACAUCUCCCUCAUCCGCCUCGGGAAGCCCGUCACUUUCACCCAUGCCAUUAGACCGGUGUGCCUCCCUCAGUCUGACUUGGACGUGAGUGAAUUCCUGGGAUAUCGGGACGCUGUGGUGGCAGGCUGGGGCUCCACGGAAAACACUCUUCAGUCUAAAAUCCUACAGAGGGCACCAAUUCCUUACCAGAAGAGGGCAGCGUGUGAAGUCGAGUACCUCUCCUACCUCGGUGAAGGUCAGCUGUGCUUCGGAGGGCGCAACAGACAGGAUUCAUGCUUCGGUGACUCAGGAGGUCCAGUUAUGCAGUCUAAGGCAGGCACCGGUCAAUAUACCCAGCUCGGCAUCGUGUCCUACGGGAAGAAGAUUUGCGGCACUGUUGGGGUCCCCGCUGUCUACACCAACGUCGCCCACUACAGGAGCUGGAUUCUGCAAUGUCUUAAACCUUAAAGAAACUUGCUUCCUCUACUGAGUCACCUUAACCCCUUCAGUACUGGAACGCAUUUUUGUUCCGAGUGUUGGGUGUGAUUACACGAUUUCAUUGACAUUAGGAAGAGUCUAUGGAGGUCAGAAGAUUAAUGGCCAGUCUUCACUAUUUUGAUCCCCCACAUAAGUUUCUGAAGCCGUAUAAAAUCACCAAAUAGUAAGCAGAGUAAAUAUGAAAACGCGUCAUGGUACCUGUGGUCGCUUAUAUUAAUCUUAUUGACUUUGACUCUCACCCGUCGCUUUGCUGUUCCUCCCCACUGCUUACUGUGUCUCUCAAUAAAAAUCUUCGUGCGUAGUGAAUAUCUAAGUAAGGUUUCAGAAGUCCUAGAGUGAUGAUACAAAAUUUACUUCCUCUCCAUUAAAAGUAUUAACGAGAAUUAUUUUGCCAGUGGGUAUAAACUAUGCACGGAUGAAGUA